GUGAGAUCGGUCCCUCCACCAUCGUCGGCUCAGCGGCCUUCAACCUGUUCAUCAUCAUCGGGGUGUGUAUUUCGUCGAUCCCGAGCACGGAGGUCCGCAGGAUCAAGGAGCUGGGCGUGUUCUGGAUCACGGCCGUCUCCUCCCUCUUAGCCUACGUCUGGCUGGUGUUCAUCGUGCAGGUUAGCUCCCCGGACCGGGUCGAGCCCUGGGAG